AUGUCUGUUCAUUAUCUAUCUAUCUAUCUAUCUAUCUUAUCUAUCUAUCUAUCUAUCUAUCUAUGUUCGUUAUCUAUCUAUCUAUCUGUUCAUAAUCUAUCUAUCUAUCUAUCUAUCUAUCUAUCUAUCUAUCUAUCUAUCUAUCUAUCUAUCUAUGUCUAUUCAAUCUCUCCCUCUCUCUAUCAGUCUGUUCAUUAUCGAUCUAUCUAUCUAUCUAUGUCUGUUCAUUAUCUAUCUAUCUAUCUAUCUAGCUAUCUAUCUACGUUCUAUUAUUUAUCAUAUCUAUCUAUCUAUCAAUCUAUUCAUUAUCUAUCUAUUCAUCUAUCUAUCCCCUAUCAUCUAUCAUCUGUUCGUUCAUUAUCUAUCAAUCUAUUAUUCAUCUAUCUAUCUAUCUAUCUAUCUAUCUAUCUAUCUAUCUGUUCGUUCAUAAUCUAUCUAGCUAUCAAUGUCUGUUCAUUAUCUAUCUAUCUAUCUAUCUAUCUAUCUAUCUAUCUAUCUAUCUGUUCGUUCAUAAUCUAUCUAGCUAUCAAUGUCUGUUCAUUAUCUAUCUCUAUCUAUCUAUCUAUCUAUCUAUCUAUCUAUCUAUCUAUCUGUUCGUUCAUAAUCUAUCUAGCUAUCAAUGUCUGUUCAUUAUCUAUCUAUUUAUCUAUGAUAGAGAAGAAGCAGUGGUGCCCCAACCGACGGAUAAUGUACACCAGCCUGGCGGCACUUUCUGUACGGACGAAGACCAUCCCCUUCUUCUCACAAGUCUUCUGUUAUAUAUCUUCUGUGAUCAAAUUACCUAAACAACGGAACAUCUGA